AUGUAUCGAUCCAAGAAAUCCGGUGGGCGCCCUGCAUCUUCCGCCAUGGCCUCGGAGGACUCGGUUGGCGAGAUACAAGGGGGGAUUACACCGGAUGCAACCUCGGACGUUGCUACUGCAGCGACCGUCAUGGCCUUCAAGGCGCGACUGAUGGCCCCUUUUAUGUUGUACGAUCGGAAGCUCCGCCAGGUGGUGUCGAAUCCCGCACACGACCGCCAUUACCGCUCAGAAGUGUCUCGUGUGCAGGGCGUCGUACUUCGCGAACUUCGGCAUGCGCUUGAACAGGAAACUAGCACUACCCCCAAAGAAAUGCUUUAUGCGGUACAAAAAGCUGUCAUGCUUGCAUAUGCCUCGUGUGCUGUGUCCAGAGAUACGGAUGCGCUUGUGCCACUGAGCUCGGAUGAGGAGGCGACGGGUUUUGGGACGCGACUAGAGAGCUUUUUUGGAGAACGAAACGCCUCUGCUAAGGCUGUGGCCUCGCUUGCAGCUGUACUCGCGACUGGUAUUGUGCGUGAUAUUUACAAGGAGGCCUGCAAUCGCCUUGAAGCAAGGCUGACAUUGGAGGGGCAGUCUCACAUAGAGAAGUCACGUACAAAGGAGAGAAAUCUCGCCCUGGAAGCCACAAGAAAGAACACACAGGAUCUUAUGCAACUUCGAGGGGCGUUGGUGACGGCGUUUGAGGCCAUCAACACGCCUUUCAAUGAAAAUGGCAUCACCCCACUGCCAAGCAGCGCCACGGUGGAUGAGACAACGGCGGUGCUCACGGUUGAGUCAUAUUACAAUCUUUUAGGUUGGGUGCUUAUGAUGCAGCCGGAACGUCUUGGCCUAAUGGCAGUCCAUUCCACACCGACGCUUUACCAGGAGCCGCAGGCGGCAGAGAAGUUAUUCGCUAAAGUGACCUUGUAUGAUCCUCUGACUGGCAGGAUUGUGAUUGAGCGCACGAAUGCUGCCUCCAAGUGGGGUAUAAUGCUAAAUGCAUCAGGCGCCUUGGUUGGUGUGGAAAAUGCACUGCGAAACGCCACGGCUGCAGGGGGUGCGUUGUAUCAUGCUCUUCAGCAAAGAAAGACGGGUCUGCCUAUUUUUGACAUCGACGACACUCACAUUGACGGUGCCGAGGGAGAGGAAACGGAGGGGAACGAGGACGCAGAGUUGGCCCGCGCCAACACAAAGGCCGUUCGUUUAGAAAAUAUACGAAAGACACUUCAGCAGUCAGGUUGUGUUAUUUCACUACGUGUGGCAAAGGUGACAACACUGGGUGAGCCACAGGAAAUUGCGUUUGAUAUCAUCCCACAGGGAGGGGAAGACGCUGCUGGACAGCAAGCAGCACUCAUUUUGAAGCGGCCAUCCACCGACGUGCAGUGGCAACUUCAGAUGCAGGUGCAUGCCGAGAGCGUCUUUCUUCUGGAGGGAUUUGCCGCGUCUCUGCCGCUUUCCAAGGCGGCCAAAAAGUUUCUCUCUACUCAUUGCGGACAUCUAGUCAUUAUGCAAGUUAAUGGGUGCGACGCGACGCAUGGUGACCUUAUUAUGGACGUGAUUCGCAGUUCCUUGUACCUGGUACUGCGGCUGCGGGUUGUGAGCGAUGUGGAGAAGCUUGUGUCAGAUGCAACCACCAAACAAGAAGUUGAAGCGAUAGAAGCAAGGUGGCAAACAGAAGAGGCGCUGGAGGCUGUACCAGGUGCGGCAGUUUCCCACGAAGAACGUGAAAUAGCGGAGGAUGAGGAAGCUGAAGUGGCCCAACACCGAGCACUAUUGGAGGAGCACAACAUUCACCCGGACGAACCCCUACCGGAGGUUAAUGAAGCGGAGGGGGCGUCACUGCCCAAGAAGAAGGGUCGCCCGAAGAAGUUAAACGCGGAGGAGGAUGCAAUGCGGGAAUCGGAACUACCAGAGGAGGUGAAGGAGGCUCCCACAGCUGUGCCGGAGCUGGAGCUGGAGCUGGAGGGGACGUCACUGCCCAAGAAGAAGGGCCAGCCUCAUGGUGAGGUGGCUUUCAAAAAGGGUGCGCGUGGCAGAAAGAAAAAGCUCUCGCAAAGGGCUCUGCGAGAAGCUAAGAGGAAGGCCAAGGAAGAAAAAAGGAAGAAACGGCAAGAAAUGAAGAGUCAGAGUGAGAAGAAGGAGGUGACGGAGGCGAUGAACGUCAAGGCAACUCCUUUUGAGAAGGUCGCAAAGGAGCAAGGAGUGCUGGAGACACCGCUUGUAAAUAUACAGUCCCAUUCAAAGUUGGCGGCGGAGGUGGAGAAGAAAACGCAACUCAAGAAGCCGGUAACACCAGCGGCAUUACAGUCAGCUGCGGCAGUUGAAGAAGCCCAGGCAGCUAGCAGCAAUGUCCCAUCGGUGUCCGCAGUUGAACUUAAUAACGCCCCUCCGCUUACCUUUGAAAACGCAGUUACUUUAGAUCGGUUUGACGGCUCUCACAUGGAGUUGCGUCGCCCGGAUUUGAAGACACCAUGGGACAUGAAAGUUUUUUUGGGCCCAGACAACUUGGUGCUCACACGCCUUCCACCCAUUUCGGCCUCCCUGAAGACGCAUCCGUUUUUGAAGUCGUUGCGACCGGACAUGGAUGGCCGUAUACACUGGCUUGUGGAUGGGGUGAACGGGACGGAUCUCACGACAGCAAGCAAGGCGCUGCGAGCCAAGGCGUUGGAGUCUAUUAAGAAGACGAACAAAAUCUCACUUCUCCUUCGACCACUUACAAAGUAG